AUGAUGCUGACUCGGGUUCAUGCAGUUUUGUUUUUCAGCUUCUUUAUGAUCGAGAUCGUCUACGCCCACCAAAAGCAGCUACUAAAUUUUUUAUUUAAGGAAUAUAAAAAGGAGUUACGCCCGGUCCUCGACGAGCGGUCAGGCCCCACGAACGUGACCGUGCAACUUUAUUUCAAGCAAAUUCAGAAGGUUAAGGAAAACGAUCAGAUUAUAACACUCUAUUGUUGGUUGGAAGAGUAUUGGACGGACGAAUUUCUAAAAUGGGACCCAAGCGAUUUUGGGGGAAUUACAAAGCUUCACGUGCCAUCGGAGAUGAUUUGGAGGCCGGAUUUGCUUGUGUACAACAAUGCAAAUAUGAAUGUGAAGGAGAACGAGAUGCAGACAAAUGUGCUCAUCGAUCAUUCAGGAAAAAUCUCUUUAUUCCGAGCGAUUAUUACUGACGUGACAUGUGACAUGAUGUUGGAUCGAUUUCCGUUUGAUCAGCAAAUCUGCUUCAUCAUGUUCGCCUCGUGGUCGUACGACGGGUCGCAGAUAAUGCUCCAGACGGCCGAGGAGCCGACAGCCGAUCCGUCAGCCAACCGGACGAAUCUGGCGGCGCUCACCCACUAUAUUCCGAACAUGGAGUGGACGCUGAUUGAUUUCAAGUUUCGCAGCAAUUUGAAAUACUACGAAUGCUGCCCGAACCCAUACCCCGACAUCUCCUACUUCUUUGCAAUUAAACGCAACCCGUCAUACUACCUGUUCACCCUGAUCAUCCCGUCGGCAUUCAUCACUAUCGUUACCGUCAUCGGAUUCUUUACUCCGCACUCUUCGACUGGGGAGAAUACCGAAAAGGUAUCCCUCGGUGUUACAGCUCUACUAUCACUGGCAAUUAUUUUGAUGAUGGUGUCGGAUAAACUACCAGCUACCUCAAACGCCGUUCCAUUGCUGGGCCAAUACUACAUCGGGUUGAUAUUUAUCAUGUUUCUCGCCACCUAUUGUACGACAAUUACGUUGAGUAUCCAGAUGCAGGGCAAUGCCGGUCGGCCAAUCUCCAAAAGAAUCCGCCAAUUCCUGCUGAACAUCCGAAUGAACCGCAGCUCCUUUGUCCAAUGGUUUUUUGGAAGGGAACUGAUGAACACGCAGGAAAGCAUCAAAAUGCGGCUGAAGAAAUACGAUAAAUUGAACGAGCUGAAGAAGAUGUUCGCCACCGGGUUCGUCGAAUUCCAGCAGAAAUUGCUGCAGAACGGCUCGACGACGUCGUGCCAUACGGAAGAUGGGGGAUUGGGGAGGAGACAGCGGGAAGAGUCAAACGAUCCACGCGGCGUAUUACCGUCCCCUCUGCGACAUAAAGAUACCGAAUUGCACGGCAUUGUUCUGGAGGUGUUGACUUCCGUGAACUCAAUACGCCAAGAUUUGACAAGUCACGAGCAUUUACGGCGCAUCCGGAAAGAGUGGCAGAUGUUGGCAAGAAUGCUCGAGAAAAUCAUCAUGUGGUUCUUCAUCAUGUUUACAGUGAUUUUUGCGGCAAUUAUGUUGUAUGAUACGCAGGAGCUUCCGCUGAUUACCGACGAGUUUAUGGCAGAAAAGGCAAAGAAAGCA